ACCACAGCACGGCUACUUGUCUUGGCCAUGUUGGAUCAAUGAAUGGUCCGAUCAGGAACAAGGUAAAGGUAGAGAAAAUGGCAACCUUGUCGAAGCCAACUUGCCUCAAGGAUUUUGAAUUGUUUGCCCGUAAGUCUCUUCCUGAACCAGCCUACGUUUACUACAGAAGCGGUUCCCAUCGAGAGCAGACUCUCCGGGACAAUGAACUUGCUUUCCAAAGAUACAGACUGAGACCCCGCGUUCUACGAGAUGUCUCUCACCGAGACGUGCGUACCACCUUGCUGGGUCAAGAGAUUGCUUUCCCUGUAGCGGUGGCACCUACGGCGAUGCAUUGCUUUGCGCAUAUCGAGGGGGAACUGGCCACUGCUAGAGCUGCCAAGGCUGUGGGAACUGGGAUGGUACUUAGUGUUGGAACAACCUCGACCAUGGAAGAUGUGGCUACAGCCUCGUCCCCUAACGGACUACUCUGGGCUCAGUUUCACCUGUUUCCAGAUUUUGAUAUCGCCCGUUCAAUCGUUAGGAAGGCGGAAGAAAACGGAUACAGAGCACUAGUUCUGACUAUAGAUUGUCCAGUGGCACAAAGAACAAUGGGGAAGUCGCUUAAGUUUCCACCAGGGAAAGGAUUGGCUAAUUUUCCUGAUACCGCUGGGUCCUGCAUGGGACAAAAAAUAGCCAACGACAGUGCUACCUGGAAAGACAUAGGCUGGCUGCAUAGCAUCACCUCUCUCCCUAUUGUACUCAAAGGCAUUCUGACAGGAGAAGAUGCUCGGGAGGCCUUGAAGCAUGAUAUUGCCGGGAUUGUCGUCUCCAACCAUGGGGGUCGUAAUUUGGAUGGAUCUUUAGCUACGAUCGAUACGUUAUCUGAGGUAGUGGAAGCAGUUCGCGGUUCCAAUAUUGAGGUUUAUCUUGACGGUGGAGUACGAAGAGGCACCGAUGUGUUGAAGGCGCUGGCCCUGGGAGCGAGGGCUGUCUUCAUCGGUCGGCCGGUACUUUGGGGACUCGCCUAUGAUGGAGAAGGAGGAGUAAGGAAGGUUCUUGAGAUGAUCAGAGAUGAGUUCAGUUUGGCAAUGGCACUCUCAGGCUGUUCCAGCGUGAGCGACAUUACACCAGAUCUGGUCGUCAAGCAAACGUCAUACGCUGCCAAAUUGUGAAAGCGCCUUAAUUCAGAUAUUUUGUGCAGUCCUUCACAGUUGCUUACGGAAGACUUGGUGUCAAUAAACACAGUGUACUGUUGUGUCGAUUACAUCAGACUCCUUAAAAUUAAUUCAAAAGCUGUUAAUAUUGUUUGCUCAUCAAUGGGGCCUGCUUUGAGCGAUGUCUACAUGUUUGGCAUGAUUGUACAUCCAUCAAGUCCGCUUUCUAUAUAAGUCAUUAAAAGACUCUCUAUUAUAAAUGUUUGUCACGACUUUAUUGAUGACAUAUACAUGGAUUUUUAAUUAAAGACGGUAGACUCACUAUUUCUUGGUUUUUCCGUUGUUCUCGAGUUGAGUAUAAUAGCUUCAUUAAUCCUACUUUUUAUGCAAAACGGUCAUCAAAUUUCAAACAACUUAAUCUGGGUGAAAAAUUCCUACCUGGGGGUGGACUGAUGGUCUGCAAGAUAUACUUUUACAUUUUCAAGUGCACAUUCAAAUAUUCCAACGGGUGCCACUUCGUCACCUUUAAGCAAUUUUAACAAUAAAAAAAUAGAUACGGAAAUUACCAUUCGCCAUAAUGAAAUAUGAACGUUUUCCAUCUACAGGCUCUCGUCUGAACUAUCCAUUGAGAUGUUUUUGGUAAUUAAAUGCUUUGUUAAUAAUCAGAUUCAACGAAAUCAUUUUUAGAUGUGAUAAUGCUUGUAGUUUGUUUAAAAUAUGCAAACACUAAAAUCCACCAUCAUUGGAAAAGCAAAUUUUAACUUCAAUCUCGGCAAGUAUUCUUCCAAACUUACCCAAUGAAGUUUUAAGGCAUAUGGUUUUAAGGUAUACAAUUUUAUUGAAGUUAUUUUUACAAUGACACAGUACGCAUGGUAUGAAUUCAAAUGAAUUUGAAUUUUAUUUGUUAAGCUUAGCAGUUUUAUUCUAGGCAACCUUUAUGCAGACUUGAUUGGAUUUGGUCCUAUUUGGAAGCAAGUGCCCGAGGUUAGGGGCCUCCUCCUGUAGAAGCAACCGUACCGUGAAGACGCUCAUUAGUUUUGGAUUUUCGUAUUUUUUGUUCAGGUGCGCUCAGUUAAUUUUUGUUUAGAGGUUCUUGGCUGCUUGAAUCACAGUCUAUCUUUUGAGGGGGAGCUGCUGUACAGUAAUAGCAAAUUUUUGUCGGAUAUCCUUCUGACACAAAAUACCUCAAUGUCUGUGAUGCAAGUCCUGAAAAAUACCUUUGAUUAAAGAUACGGUAUGUGGUAUGCGGAGUCAUGUGGAAUUUCGAUAGUAACUAUUGUUCAUUUAUUUCCUGUAGCUUUUUGGUACCUGCCCAAUACAUUUGGCUCGCAAAUGAGGUUUCUUGGAAUUUUUGCUAUU